CCCCGGCACAACAAAGCCCACAGGACACACUGGCCAGAACAAGCCAAUGGGCAACUUCCUGCAGAAAGCGCCCGCGGCGCGGCCGGCGUCGCCGCCGCACAACUACGCGCUCGCCUCGACGCCGCUGGAAGAACUCGCCGACAGCGCGCACGAGCAGAGCAUGAGUGCGCACACCAUGCAGUCGACGCUGCGGCUGCUGAUCGUGGGCCAGGCGCCGAUCGAGCCCUGGAAGCUCGUGGGCGAGCCGCCGCGCGGCGUCUCGCGGGCGACGUCAUUACGAAGCCUGACGAGCAUGCGCCUCACGCCCUGCCCCGUGGCGCUGCCGCGGUCGUGGCUCGCCAGCGCCGCGGCGGGCGUGACGAUCGGGGAACUCGUGCGGUCCGCGGCGUCCUUGUGUCUGGGGGCACCCGUACGCCAUCGCCGCGACCUCAUACACGCGCAGGAGGAGGAGGAGCACCCGCGCCGCGGCCUCACGUUUUUGUUGAGCGGGUUGGACGACGAGGAACAGAUCCACGUCCGGGCCUGUGUGGAAAUCAACCACUAAGUCAUUUCUCGGUGAUGAUGCGGCCGUGCUGGCUCCGUCGAGCGGCGAGGAACCGGCAUCGCCACGCCAUCGAGCAGGCGUCGCGUCGAUGGCGUGGAGGACGACGCGAU